GUGAUGGGACGGGCUUGUCGGAGAGCAGCCUGAUUCGUUGUUGUGCCCGGAUACAAAAAGCUCGCAUGCCUUUCCUCUGUCCAUAACACUGACAAUACGUCCGACCAGCAGCAGUCGGUGCUCGAUUGGUCUCGUCUGGAGAAACCAUGGCAGACCAAGAGGAUAAUGUUACAAUUCCUGAGUUCAGCUGCCUUCUCCAAAUGGAUCCCUACCUUAAACCAUUCGAAAAGGACUUCGUGAGGAGGUAUGAGCUGCUACAGAAGCAGCUUCUACAGCUGGAAGAGGCAGAAGGAGGUAUUGACCAGUUCACAUGCAGCUACAAGACCUUCGGUGUGCAGCGACACCCUGACAACAGCCUGGUUUUCUUUGAGUGGGCUCCGGGUGCCGAGGCCCUCUUCCUCACUGGUGAUUUCAAUGGCUGGGACAAAUUCACCCAUCCCUACACCAAGAAAGAAUUUGGCAAGUGGGAACUGAUUCUACCGCCCAAGCAUGACAAGUCUCCAGCUGUGGAUCAUCAAACCAAACUCAAGGUGGUAGUUCACACCAAGGAGGGUAAACGGCUGUACCGGAUCUCACCCUGGGCAAAGUAUGUGACCAGGGAGGAGAAGUCUGUCAUCUAUGACUGGGUUCACUGGGACCCCCCUCAGCCCUACGUUCAAACCAACCCUCGGCCAAAGAAGCCUAAAAGCCUGAGAAUAUAUGAGGCCCACGUGGGCAUCGCUUCGCCUGAGGGAAAGGUCGCCUCAUACACCAACUUCACAUACAAUGUGUUGCCUCGUAUAAAAGACCUGGGAUAUAACUGUAUCCAGCUGAUGGCUAUCAUGGAGCAUGCCUACUAUGCAAGCUUUGGAUAUCAGAUCACAAGUUUCUUUGCUGCCUCCAGUCGGUACGGUACCCCAGAUGAGCUGAAGCAGCUGAUAGAUGUGGCUCAUUCGAUGGGCAUCGUGGUGCUCUUGGAUGUUGUUCACAGCCACGCCUCCAAGAACACCGAAGACGGCCUGAACCACUUUGAUGGCUCCGACUCGUGUUUCUUCCAUGCUCCACCCAGAGGGGAGCACAGCCUGUGGGACAGCCGCCUCUUCAACUACUCCAGCUGGGAAGUGCUGCGGUUCCUGCUGUCAAACCUGCGCUGGUGGAUGGAGGAGUACCGCUUUGACGGCUUCAGAUUUGAUGGUGUUACCUCUAUGCUGUAUCAUCACCAUGGCAUGGGCACGGGCUUCUCAGGGGACUACAGCGAGUACUUUGGCCUACAGGUGGAUGAAGACUCUUUGGUUUACCUGAUGCUUGCCAAUCACAUUGUCCAUACCCUUUAUCCUGACUGCAUCACUGUUGCAGAGGAUGUGUCGGGGAUGCCUGCUCUCUGCAGAGGUGUGGAGGAGGGAGGGCUUGGUUUUGAUUACCGGCUGGCUAUGGCCAUUCCUGACAAGUGGAUUCAGAUCCUGAAGGAGUUAAAGGAUGAGGACUGGAACAUGGGCAAUAUCGUCCACACACUGACCAACAGGCGCUAUGGAGAGAAAUGCAUAGCCUAUGCAGAAAGUCAUGAUCAGGCUCUGGUCGGGGAUAAGACUCUGGCCUUCUGGUUGAUGGACAAGGAGAUGUAUACCAACAUGAGCUCCAUCAUUCCUAUGACACCCGUCAUAGACCGUGGCAUGCAGCUGCAUAAGAUGAUCCGCCUCCUCACUCAUGGUCUGGGUGGGGAAGGUUACCUCAACUUCAUGGGGAAUGAGUUUGGCCAUCCUGAGUGGCUGGAUUUCCCCAGGGAGGGGAACAAUCAGAGUUACCACUAUGCCCGGCGGCAGUUUAACCUAGUGGAUAUGGAUCACCUCCGCUACUGUCAGCUCUAUGCCUUUGACCGUGACAUGAACCGUACCGAAGACAAGUUCGGCUGGCUGGCUGCCCCACCUGCCUUUGUCAGUGCCAAGCAUGAAGGGGACAAGGUCAUUGUGUUUGACAGGGGAAAUGUGCUCUUUAUCUUCAACUUCCACCCCAAUAAGAGCUUCCAGGACUACAGGGUGGCUGUAGAAGUUGCAGGAAAAUACAAAAUCAAGCUGGAUUCAGAUAUGGUUCAGUAUGGAGGUCACGGACGGCUGGACCACAACACAGAGUUCUUCACAGAUGCCCAGCCCUUCAACGGUCGCUCCAACUCCAUAAAGGUCUACAUCCCCUGCAGAACAGCUAUUGUCCUGGCCAACGAGGAGAUAGAUUACUGUUAUUAGAGGAUGAUUGUCUCCACAGAGACCAGGAUCGAGAAUGGAUUCCAACCUCAAACUGAGUGUUAACAAUCACCUUCAUCUUAAAGUGUCAACCUUGCACACUACCCAAACCCACUUUUUGUGUUCAAGUUUUUUUUCUAAAUGGGGGGAAAAAAAGCAUUGUGAGCUUGUGUGCUUUCAAACACCAUCUGCAACCUUAGAUGCUGUGUAACCCCAUUUACUACAGAUUGGUCCAUUUGGGAAGCGUCCAACCUAACCAGCAGCUAGAUGCUAAAACUUAAAACCCUGCCGAGUCCAUCCACUACUAGCCAGCAGCCAUUUAUAGGCUCUGUUGAAUUUGGCGUGUCAUCUGACACACGACCAGCAACUGUGGCAGAGGAAGAAAUACAGCAAGCAUUCAUAGAUGAUAAAAGCUCAGAGAAAAUGAGAAUAUUUUAGAAUGUUAUAUUGACUUGGUUUAAUUAUUUUGUAGCUAAAUACAGAUAAUAUUGUGGUGUCAAAGACACGAAGAGAUUUACAGUAUUACCAGCACUUGAAAAUCAUAACGUCCAGAUAUGUAACCAAUGGUGAUCAAUCUUUGUUAAUUUGCAUUUUGGGACAAUGUACGUAUAAAGAUAUUGCAAUUUGCACAAAGUAAUAGGCUGCUUUGAAUUAUUAUACUUUUAAUGGGUAUCUAAAACAGUUGUGUUGUAAUGUUUGAAUUUAUGCAGCUACUGGGAGCAUUUAUGUGGUUAUUUAUGGCCCUGUUAUUAAGCCAGUAAUUUGCAGCUAAAGCAAAGUGAUAAAAUCCCCUAAUUUAGAUUGUUCACAGUGUGUUGCAUAAUGCACAAGUAACAAUUUUUGCAGAAUUACACAGCACCCCCCCCCCCUUAACAGAAUAUAAUGUGUGGUUUUCUCCUACAGUAGAUCCUAUUAAAGCAGUUUAUGUCAUGUAUUUCACUAAACUCUUUGAAUUCUGCUAUAUUCCACUAAAAUAGGCUGAUACUGAUCAACACAUAAUUAUGUGUGUGUUUUACAGGUGUGACUCACACACCUGACUAAUUCCACCACAGGUUAUUAGCACCAUGUUCUUUAGGUACUGUGCAUUGCAUUCCCAUGAGAUUAUUGCAGGCGUUCCAGAAAACACAGGAAGAGCCUAAAUUCACACAGAGAACGAUGUAUGCAUCUCAAAAUUAGCUCUGACUUUUGUGACUUUUGUCUCAACUCACUUGGUGAUUGAACAUCUCACAGAACAGCUGCAACGCUCAUCCUGUGCUCCCCAUAGCUGUUAUGUGAGAUGGUUAUUGAUGAACCAACACGUGUACGAACUGAAGAACAUCACUGAUGAUAGGUGACUGGUUUUGUGAACACUGAACUGACUCACUCAGGCAACAUGUCAUUAAAAUGGUCUUUUAUUUUAGAUUAUGUUUUUAUGUUAAUUGAUCUGUUUCCAUCCUUUACUGUAUGUUUUCUUGGUUUAUCUAACAGUCCCUUGUCGCUAUGUGAAUGGAUGUCAUUUGGACAGUUUUCAGUAUUCUCUUCACGUUUUAUCCAACACGUCAAAGGAAUACUGUUAUAAGUGAAACAAUAGCUGAUUUUAGGCAUCCCAGAUAAAAGCUAAUGCCUUGAUUUACUGCCAUGGAUACUGUAAUUCUGUGAUCCACACCUACUGCAUUACAGAUUCUCAACCAUUUAAGCGGUGUAUUGUAGCAUAUGGCAGGUUUUGAUCUGCCUCCCCUGCAGCUGAAGAAAAUAAAUUUAUAUUCAGGACCAUCCUCCUGUGUUUAGCCAAAAGUAUCAUGAACAUGUCAUUUCUUUUUGUGUAACACCAAAGCAUUCAAAAAUGCCUUUCUCCACCUCUCAAAAAGCACAGAGAGGAUCACUCUGCAUAAAUUUCCUGCGACGAGUUUGCUAGACUGAAGUGGAGUGUUUAAUCAUCCCUCAUCUGACCCAAUGUCAUUGUCGUUUUACCACUGCCAAAAUGAAUUGUCUGAAUUUGUUCUCAAAAGUAAAAUUGAUGUCUGAUACACAGUAA